CAUCUCUGGAUUGACCCGUUGUCAAGCGUGUAUCAGGAUUGUGACCUCUGACCUUUGCCCCGUUAGUGCGUUUACGUCCGCCAUUUUGUUUUCUGUUCUUAUUGUCUUCGCACCUUCUCCAAACUGACGCGUUUUUAGGGGGUUCCAGAAGCUUUGGAGACCGCUAACCACCAUAGACCUACAGGUUGCGGCGUCCCUCCCCUGCAUUCAGAGAGAAGCUAGCCUCUGAUUCGGGACCACUGUCGUACGAAGAGCAGAAAUGGAAGAUUCCAGCGGUGAAAAUUUGUCGAUAGAACUGUGUUUUUGACAUCCUGCGAAGGAGAUGGACUGUACAGAACACCCUGGGAAGGAGAGUGACAUCAGGGAGACCCAGACAACAGACAUGGGCCUGCAGCAGGAAACGUGUGAUGUGAACUUUCCCCAACCUGACAACAUAUCAACCUAACAGGUACAGGAGAGCAGAGGUGAUAUGGGAGGACAUGGUGAGAAACCCUACAUGUGCGGGGAGUGUGGAUACAAGACAGCUAAGAAGUCCACCUUGUCCCGACAUAUGAGAACCCACACAGGAGAAAAACCCUACAAGUGUGAUCAGUGUGACUACUCUGCUGCAGAAAGAACCACUUUGGCCAAUCAUCAAAGAAAGCACACCGGUGAGAAACCCUACAUGUGUGGGGAGUGCGGUUUUAGGACAACUCGAAAGUUUAGAUUGUCGGCACAUAUUAGAACCCACACAGGAGAAAGACCCUACAAGUGUGACCAGUGUGACUAUUCUGCUGCAGAUAAGUCCACCUUGGUCAAACAUCUAGUAAAACACACCGGUGAGAAACCCUACAUGUGUGGGGAGUGUGGGUACAGGACAACUAACAAGACUAACUUAUCCGUACACAUGAGAACCCACACAGGAGAGAAACCCUACAAGUGUGACCAGUGUGACUAUUCUGCGACACAGAAAAUCAAUUUGGUCCAACAUAUGACAAACCACACUGGUGAGAAACCCUACAAGUGUGGAGACUGUGAGUACAUGACAUCUAGCAAAUCUCACUUAUCCCGACAUAUGAAAAUUCAUACAGGAGAAAACCCCUACAAGUCCACUUUGGUCUAGCAAAACACACUGGCGAGAAUCACAUCAAAGAGGAGACAGGAGACUGGAUGGCAACAGGAUGGACAAGAAAACGUGCUGUGCCAGGAAAACGUACAGUGAGGACCAGGAAAUCAACAACUACAAUAAAACCAAACUAACUGGGUAUCAUUGGAACGAGACUUGCAACAGUUGGGAGCAGACAACAGACACAGGAUGGCAGCAGGACGAGGAAAGGGACGUUCCAAACGACGGAACGUGCGGCGGUGUAAGAGAGGAAAUGGAAGAGUUAAUCUGUCAGCUUUCUACUGCAGAACUGUGUGUUGGACAUCCUGGGAAGGAGAUGGAGUGUACAGAACACUCUGGGCAGGAGAGUGACAGACAUGGGCCUGCAGCAGGAAACGUGUGAUGUGAACUUUUCCCAACCUGACAACACAUCGACCUCACAGGUACAGGAGAACAGAGGUAUCGGAAUGCAUGUGGUCGAACAUACCAUUGGAAAACCCUACAAAGACAGCUAAAAAGUCUGACUUAUUCCGACAUAUGAGAACGCGUACAAGAGAAAAGCCCUACAAGUGUGACUAGUGUGACUUUUCUUCAGCAUGGAAAUAUAUCUUACACCAACAUCUGAUAAAACAUGCUGUUGAAAAACCCUUCAUGUGUGGAGAGCGUGGGUGCAGAUCAGUGCAAAAGUUUGACUUAUCCAAACAUAUGAGAACUCACACAGGAGAAAAAACCAACAAGUGUGACCAGUGUGACUAUUCUGCUGCAGGGAAAUCCCUCCUAGACAGACACUUAUUAAGAAAACACGCUGGUGAGGAACAUGUAUAAUGUACAACACACAGCCUUGUCCCCUUGACACGUUAAAAUUCGUAUUGUGGAAGAUGCCCUCCAGAAGUAACUAUUAAGUCUGUACCUGGAGUCCUGGACCCUAUGACUAUUCUUAUAGUAAAGAAAUAUGCAUUACAAUCAGAUUGUGGGUUAUGGCAAAUGUGCUCAAAAGGCUGAUUUUACCAGUGUCAAAAUUGUACGUUAUGUACCUAGUUUAAAUAGUAGUACCGUAUCAGUACGUAGGCAUAGAUGUACUCUUGUAAUUUGUAUAUAAAUAGAUCAUUUAUGCUUCUUCAGUUUGGCUGGCGAGGGUCAUGGCAAAUGUGAGAGUAGCUUCUAUUUGUGUAAAAUCAGUUAUAGCAUAGCUGUACUCUUUUAUUUGUGUGAAAGUUUCGGAUCUUUUGUUUUUGACGUGCACUGUAGAAAUGCUUGUGACCAGACGAUUAUAUUUACUGUUUUAAACAUCCGCAUAUCUCAUUAUCUAAUCGAAUGCAUUUCUUCUGUUUUAAUCUAAUUCAUUUCAAACCUUUUGAAUGAUAAAGUAUUGUCUAUAGUAUACAGGUGAUGUACAUUGUAUUCUGCACUAUUGUAUUCUCAGUACUAGUGAUUCUAACAUAUAGCAACAUGUAUUAUACUAACAUACUUUACGACUUAAGCGUUACUUUGCUUAAGAUAUUCAAAAUAAAAUGAAUGUAAACAAAGCGAGUAAGUUGGUGUUGGUUUAUAUCAUCUGAUUAUUCUAUGUAGGGGAG